AUGAUCGGCCAGAAGACGCUCUACUCCUUUUUCUCCCCGAACCCCGCCAGGAAGCGAAGUGCCUGCAGCCCCGAGCCGGCCUACCCGGGGACCGGCGUGGCGGCCGUAGCUCAGAGCGGGGAUGUGGCGGCCAGCCCCGCCAAGAAGCCCCGGGCCGGGCCGGAGGAGCCCGGCACGCCGCCCUCGUCGCCGCUGAGCCCGGAGCAGUUGAUCCGCAUCCAGAGGAACAAGGCGGCCGCGCUGCUCAGACUCGCGGCGCGUAACGUGCCAGUGGGUUUUGGUGAGAGUUGAAAGAAGCACCUCAGCGGGGAGUUCGGGAAGCCAUACUUCAUAAAGCUUAUGGGAUUUGUUGCAGAAGAAAGAAAACAUUACCCUGUUUACCCUCCCCCUCAUCAAGUCUUCACGUGGACCCAGAUGUGUGACAUAAGAGACGUGAAGGUUGUCAUCUUGGGACAGGAUCCAUAUCACGGACCCAAUCAAGCUCAUGGGCUCUGCUUCAGUGUUCAGAGACCCGUGCCGCCCCUGCCCAGUUUGGAAAACAUUUAUAAAGAGCUGUCUACAGACAUAGAUGGUUUUGUUCACCCUGGUCAGGGAGAUUUAUCCGGAUGGGCCAAACAAGGUGUCCUGCUGCUCAACGCCGUCCUCACGGUCCGGGCGCACCAGGCCAACUCUCAUAGAGAGAGAGGUUGGGAGCAGUUCACCGAUGCCGUUGUGUCAUGGCUCAAUCAGAACGCCCACGGCCUUGUCUUCUUGCUCUGGGGCUCUUAUGCUCAGAAGAAGGGCAGUGCCAUUGAUAGGAAGCGGCACCACGUGCUGCAGACCGCGCACCCCUCACCGCUGUCUGUGUACAGGGGCUUCUUCCGAUGCAGGCAUUUCUCUAAAACCAACGAGCUGCUGCAGAAGUCUGGCAAAGAGCCCAUCAACUGGAAGGACCUGUGACCUUGUGACCUGGAUCCUGGGGGUGACAUUGACCCUGGAGAUUGGGGUCUCUGAGCAGUUUUCUAAACGCUGUGAAAUAGAAGUAUUGGUCGUUUAUGAAGUCAAAGUAAGAAGAAAAUCUCCCUCGUGAUUCUCAAGCACCCUGCACAAGGGAACAUGUUUCAAGUGGAGCAGCCAU